GAUCAGAUCACUUCUGUUACACAUUCUCCUCACUGGUGACGGGUGGCAUGCCUGCGACCCUCCCCCCGCCACGGACCUAGUUCAUGGCCCCCCCCUGAGCCAGUGAGACCCCGGAGAGCGUGUUCAGCCCAGCACCAUGGGGGGCUGCGUGGGCCGGUACCUGGACAGCUGGGAGGACUCCCAGAGCAGAGGCUCGGCCAGGACCGCUGGACGAGGAGGACGUAACGAGCCUCUGAAAAAAGAUCGUCCAAAGUGGAAGAGCGACUACCCGAUGACAGAGGGGCAGCUACGGAGUAAGCGGGAUGAAUUCUGGGACACCGCGCCAGCCUUCGAAGGGCGUAAGGAGAUCUGGGACGCCCUGAAAGCCGCGGCGGUGGCCCUGGAGUGUAACGACCACGAGUUGGCCCAGGCCAUAGUAGACGGAGCGAGCAUCACACUGCCACACGGGACUCUAACUGAAUGCUAUGAUGAACUCGGGAACCGGUACCAGCUGCCCGUCUACUGCCUGGCGCCUCCUGUCAACCUCAUCUCAGAGCGCAGCGACGAGGACCCCAGCGACAGCCCCGAACCCCCCGCAGCAUCCAAGAAAGAAUUCCAGCUCAAGGUACGACUGUCUACAGGAAAGGACGUGCGUCUCAGCGCCAGCAUGGCCGACACCAUCGGGCAGCUAAAGAAGCAGCUGCAGGUCCAGGAGGAAAUCGACGUUGCUCACCAGCGCUGGUUCUUCUCCGGAAAGCUGCUCACGGACAAGACGCGGCUGCAGGACACUAAGAUCCAGAAGGACUUCGUCAUCCAGGUCAUCGUCAAUCCGCAGGCGCUCCGAGGCCCCAGUACGUCACCUAUCAACGUCGCCUCCUCACUCUCGUCUGAAUAACCGAGGACACACAAGGACGACGAAACAGCAGGCGGAAGGCGACGUAGGAGCAGAGAUGACCCCAAAUGCUGGAUAACUUAUUUUUGACAACAGCUGCUUUUACUGGAUAAAACUGAACUGUGGAGGUACAAAGCUGGAGCACAAAACAAAAAUGAUAAUAAUAAGGGAGAAAACUGAAAAGUGCUGCUUUCUUUAGUUUACCAUGUUCAGUGUGGUUUCUUUUCUUCACAAAGACAAGAGUGCUGACACAGCUCCGAGUCUGGAGGUCCAUGUCCUCUGAACCAUUUUUAAUUAAAUGAGAACUCUUCUGCUGGUCUGCAGCUCAUUCAGCCACAAACACGACAUAAUCAUCACAUCUGCAUUUGUACUUUUUCUGCCUCUGGCGCUUUGGUCUGCUCUAAUGCAGAGUGCCAACAGAUGAAACACUGAGGUGUUUGUGUUGGUUCAGGAAUCAUCCUAUGGCUCUGCCCUGCUUUCUUUUUCCUCUGUGACAGAAAUGGAAAAGGAAGAUGCAAUGCCUGAUCCUGACCUUUGUUUUUUCUUUUAUCAAGGAAAUGAUGUUAAUAGAGCUGUUUUUGCACAUUUAAAAGUUCUUACUAUUGUGGUAGUCUGUGUGCCUUCUACAAGUAAAAAAAAAGGGUUAUCGUCACGGAAGAUGCAAGUUUUCGGCUGAACCCUCUGUAUUUUCUUGCAAUUCAGAUCAAUCUAAGCUAUAACUGCUGCCUUUUUUAACGCUUUCUUAACUCUCGCAGAGAAAAUGUAUAAUGUGUGGAUGUGGGAGGGGAAAAGAAAUCUGUGUUUGAUCUUAAAGGAAUAUUUUGAUUAUCUUCAGGAGACCGGUGUCCAAAAAUAUCAGUCAUGCUGUUGGCCUUUAGUAUGGAAAGUCCAGUGGGAAAAGUGCUGGCUGCUUGAAGACCACCAGGAGGAAGCCAUGCAGCCAUUUGUAUGACGAGUUUUUCUUCCAGCUCAUUUUGUUCACCAGCUUGAGGCGGGGUGGUGGGUCAAAACGGCAACCUCAAGCCCCAGACGUCUGGGGACUGAGGUGUGGAUUUUCUUUAACCUUCCAUUUAUCUUCAUUAUGUUUUUUUCUUUUUUCUUGUAACUGUUAGUCAGAGUCUUGAUCGGUGCGGGAGCCUCUAAUCUGAGACGCCCAGAUCCCCCUCUCCCUUCCAGCUGCUCCAGAUGCAGCAGCUGAGGUGUUUCCAAGUCAUCUGAGAGACAUAAACUCUCUACCAUGUCCUGGGUUUCUGCCCUAUGAGAUGCACCUGAAAUGCCUCCAACAGUCAGUUGAACAUAGAAGUAUUUGGGCAGCCCUUUAAUGUGUCUUGGUCAAUUCAUGAUUUAUACAACAUUAAUGGAAACGAAUGAAUGGUUGAACCAGAGUCAUCAUUGUUAUUGGCAUCAUCUCAGUGUUAAAUGUCUUGCUUUUGCACCAAAGUUCUCCCCGAUUCGGUCUGAUCGCUGCCAGAUGGCAAAAUACUAGUAUAAAGUCAAAAAUGACCCUAGUUUUGUCACAAUUGGCCAUCAUUACAAAGGACAUACGAGCUGGAGAAAGGCUCAGAAUCUACGCCGUCAACUUGGUGGCGCUACUGGAAAUCCAACCCUCACAUUAAACCACUGCAAGAAGAACCCUUUUGAUUGAUAUGAAUUCAUCUGUAUUCAACCAUCCAACUGUUUCCUAAAUGCAAACUCCAAACGCAAUUGUCAUUCCUGGUCAGAUUAAUCCCAAUCCUCCCAAAAUAGUGAUUCAGGCAGUCCAGAGUUGGGGGUUGAGACUUUAUGGACGUUUUCUCAUGUAUUCUGUUUUUCAGACGUAGAAGUUUACAGCACGAUGGGCUUAGUUUUUACCCACCACUCCCCUCUCACAGUUGUCCAGCAUUAUCUUCACAGAGGGACUGCAACUAGUUUUCAUUUGUCUUUUCUAACAGGUUCCAGCAGCUCUUAAAGGGAUAUUUCGUAAUCAGUGUAUGUGAACUUGAAUGAGCGUUGGGCUCUGUUUGUGCAGUGCAAUAUACAUAGCACUCGUAUUGUUUGUUUUUUUGUUGUUGUUUUUGUUUUUCAUUAUUCAUCAGAUUUCACCGAGCACCAGCCAUAACUAACGUCAGACUCCAGGUACAGGGGCGGCAGGGAUAAUCAGCAGCGCAGGUCACUGGGUUUGUGUGCUUUUUUUUGUGCAAAUGUAUUCCCAGCGGUCGCCUUGGCUGCUUAUGUUUUAAAAAGCAUAAAAAAAAUGGAUGUUUCAGCUGAGCAUUAUGUCCUCUGCUGUGGAGGCUGGAGCGUCACCGAGUCCAAGGGGUAUCCGUGGUGAGGUGCAGCUGGUAAUCCGACUGGAUGCCUGCACUCGUUUGGUAAACUAUCUCCCAGUUAAACCUGGACGAAGUCAUUGUUUCAUGCUGUUAAAGUGAGAACAAGUUAGAAGGGCUUGCAAAGCUUGAAGGAGGCCUCUCACAGGGUGUGUAGAUCCCCAUGUGGAUGGACCUCAGCCUGCAUGGCGUUUUAUAGUCCACUUUCAAUUCAAUUCAGUAGUUUAUUUGCUAAUACAGGAGGCGCAGAUGCUCCUGAUGCACCAACAUCUAUCCAAAGAAAAUCCUCACUUGUGGUGUCAGUCAGCAUCCCGUUAGUACGUCAGAGCCAUGUUUGGACUCGGGCACCAGGGAGUGCUCAUUAUACUGUUGCCUCUCAUCAUUGCUGGAAGUCUCAGUCUUGAGAGUUAAAUGCAAGACGCAUCAUAGCGCAGGCGACAUUCAUAUAUCAUUUUAAAAAAAGAAAAAAGCUGUGAAUUUCACUCCAUUUCUCCUCCAUCAACUUAUUUUGGUUCAGGUUUUGCUCUGGGGACUCAGCACUUUAUUGAAAUGUGGUUCCAAGCAUCUUAAAAAAUCAAAUCUGGACAUUUGGAGGAGGUAUCUGCACAUGAAGUAAGAACCGUCUCAGCUCAAAGUGACUUGCUAGUUUUGCUUUCAGUCGCAUUUUCUGUGAUUCUCUGCAGCUGGAGUUUGAUUUUGACAAUUGAUUCUUAUUUUCUUUAAAACUACGUAAAGAACCCUGGACUAGCCCCAGUUCAGUCAGGAGCAGCACAAAUGGCCUCAUCCUGUCAAAUGUAGGUCCAUUUCUACAACAUCAAAGCGUGUCUAAUUCGACUUGACUCGAACUCUGUACUUUGAUGGGACACAGAUCCAAGUUGCAUUUGAAAUUCCUCGAUAAGCUAGUUUUAAAAGCCAUAAUAGGCAUUGUUAACAACUAUGACUCCAUAUGUUACUUGCCUUUGAUGAACUGACAGUCCUUUAAGUAACAGUGGUUAGACGAAGCUUUGUCAUUGUUUCGACACGAGAACAGCCAUAUUUAAAGAAAUCAAAGAUGAAAUGUAUUUCUGCCUUCACCACUUGCGUAUCUGUCUAAAAUUUGGUUUAUAUAGUAAAACAAAUAUUAAGGACAUGCCUUGAUGACGUCUACAAAUUAUAUUACUAUUGGUGAGUUCAUUUAUAUGCUGAUUUCACUCUAAAUUGUGUUUUUAAACUGUUAAAUAAAGUCAUAAUA